AUGACUGUCUUCCCCACAGGUAUAGAUUAUAAGACUACAACGAUUCUUCUGGAUGGCCGACGAAUCAAGCUACAGCUUUGGGAUACAUCAGGGCAAGGGAGAUUCUGCACCAUAUUUCGGUCUUAUUCAAGAGGUGCUCAGGGAGUAAUACUAGUGUAUGAUAUUACAAAUCGUUGGUCAUUUGAUGGAAUCGAUCGAUGGAUAAAAGAAAUAAAUGAGCAUGCUCCUGGUGUACCAAAAAUCCUGGUUGGAAAUCGCCUUCACUUAGCCUUUAAGCGCCAAGUGUCUACUGAACAAGCACAAGCCUAUGCUGAGAGGCUGGGCAUGACUUUUUUUGAAGUCAGUCCACUUUGUAAUUUCAAUAUUACAGAGUCCUUUACUGAGCUAGCAAGAAUAGUAUUGAUGAGACAUGGAAUGGACAGGCUCUGGAGGCCGAACAAGGUACUGAGUCUGCAAGACCUUUGUUGCCGUGCCAUAGUUUCCUGUACCCCUGUGCAUCUUGUUGACAAGCUCCCUCUCCCUGUUGCCUUAAGAAGCCAUCUCAAAUCUUUCUCUAUGGCAAAUGGCCUUAAUGCCAGGAUGAUGCACGGACGCUCAUACUCCCUCACAUCCAGCAACAUCAAUAAAAGGAACAGCUUAAAGAAAGCUAAAAUUAUCCGUCCACCACAGAGCCCACCAAAAAACUGUACAAGAAACAGCUGUAAAAUUUCUUAAGCUCUCUGUGGGAAAUGGAACCUGGAUGGAAUCCCCUCAUGUGAAGCGUUGAAUGCAAGGACUCCUUGUUUAAUGGUUGAGCACACUCUAUGUAUGUAUCACACUACAUAGACAGAAAUAAGAAGAAUAGUCUUAAUUUAGCGCUUGCUCACUACAGUAAUGCUGCUUUGGAAUGAAUGACAAGUUCAAUGCAACUGAAAGGACGUGACAUUUUGCUGUUGGAUUUUCAUACUGCAUUUUAGUUUCUGAUGUGCAUGAUGCCAUUGUUUUUACUAGUAGAUGUGUUUUCAUAUAGGGGAUAAUUAUCAUUAUAUUCAGUUCUUAAUUCCAUGAAAUCUGGAGAGUGACUUACUGUGUUGUUGUAUAAAAUCCUGUCUUUUUGCAAACUAUUCAAAAAUAUAAAAAUGAGUCAUCGGUUUGCAUAUUCAGGCAGAGGUUUUUAAACGCAAUGUAUUGUAUACAUUGUUAAAUUCUACAAAGAGUGUGACAAAUUCUAGUAAUACUGCAAUUGUGCGUUUGGAUUUUUUGUAAAGCUUCCUUGAUAACUUUGAAGCACUAACUUAACUAAGCUAGAAAUGUAUAUAUAAUUAUUAUGCACAUACACAACAAGGUUUUG